UGUGUCCUGAUAAAAGGGAACGUGUCUUAUUCGUUCCUUAAACUACUUGCAUCUAUCUGCAUUCCAGCGUGUGAUUUUGGUCCGAGAGGUUUAGCGGGUAUUGUGGGUUUCGUUUGUCACUUCACCAUGCGUAAGAAGAUGAGCACUGUCAGACGAGUUGCUCAGUAAGCCUACAACGAAAGCCCUUUAAUCACACUUAAUACUCAAGGAACAGUUAUUAUUCGAUAUAGCGUGUAAUCGGCGGAGAUUCAUCCAAUUUAGGAGCGACGAUCCGGGCUUCGUUGCGCUGAAUAAACGCUUAGAUCGUCCGUGUAUGAUGUUGAGCGCAAUUUAUGGCGGGCCGAUUGAAUCCAGGCCAGAAUGAUCUGAGCAGCCUGUGCAUGAGGACCGCGUCUUCCGCGCUGCGACAAGGUCAGGGCGGUGUAUAAGAGAGAGUUUAUGCGAUCGCCUAAUGUUUCAGAGUUAAAUGUGUUCCCAUGGUGUACACAAACGUCAAUUACGUUAUCUGAAACGGCAUUACAGACCGUAAUGGCUGUCGGAGGGUGUCGGGAACAGCCGAACAGCCCAUUUAAUCUUUUCCCAGAAUGCCGCGCAGCCGUGGCUUUGCGCUGUUGUAUUUCCUGUAUGUCACUGCAAUGCUUUGUUUGCUUGUUUGCUUCAACUGUCGCGGGCUUUUGACAACUGGCUUAACAGUCGGAAUUACGAAACCAUGGAAUAACUAAGACGUGACCUGAAGUUGUGAAAAGGAGUAAACUGCACUGUACAUACCUCAUCAAGAUUUCUACAGGGGGACCACUGAAGAUCAGCCGUAAUGGAGGACACAGAAACUGAGCUGACUUCUUCGGAGCCGGACGCACUCGGUGCGGACUUCAUCACCGUGGAGCUUGACACCCAACCCAUUGAGUAUGUUGUUAAAUGGGCUGAGGUUGGGUCCAAAUUCACCAUAUCCUGCGUUAAAAAGGAAUCGGAUGAGAACAAUUGCUUCGUGUCGGACCAGCUGGUGAAAACUGAGCCGGAAGAAAGGUUCUUUGCGCCGUACGAGUCCGUGUACCCCGGGUGUGGGGAUGCAGAGACCAGCCUGAUUGCCUCACAGGAAGAGGAGGUGAAGAGCGAUUCAGAUGUGGAGGAGUCCAUGGAGCUGGGGAGCAGCCAGCUGGUUGGGGAGGAGCAAGAAGAGGAGGAGGGCUCAGAAGGAGACUGGGAGAAAGGGGGCUCUCACUCCAGAGACAGGCCAUACUGCUGCCACCUGUGUGGCAAGAGCUACAGCCAUUCGUCCAGCCUGGCCCGCCACCUACACAUGCACUCGGCGGGCGACCGUGUGGCCCCCGCCCCCUCCCCACCUAAAUCGAGCAACAAGUCGGGCGAUGGCAAGAAGUUCCUCCAGUGCAACCUGUGUGGGGUGCGGUGCAAUGGCAAGCGGCUGCUGGCCAUACACAAGAAAUGCCACAAAACCAAGAGACUGCACACGUGCAGCACAUGCGGCAAGACUUUCAACCACAGCUCCAGCCUGUCUCGGCAUCGGCUGAUCCACAAAGCAGGCCUGGACAAAAAGCUCAAGGUGCUGUAUCCGACAGCGACACCCCCUGCCACCCACGCCGCUCCCCCGCGCAGCCGCCCGGCUGGCCGCGGCAAGAAGAAGAAGAAGAAGCCUCCGCAGGUGUCUGAGGGCAAGUUGGCGUUGGGCGAGAAGCAGUACCAAUGCACGCAGUGCGACAUGGUGUUCGGCACCUCCACCAGCCUGUCCAAGCACCAGGUGUCUCACGUGCGGCAGCUGCUCAACUCGUACGCGCAGGGCAAGGACGCGCUGGACAAGUCGUCCGACCUGAAGAUCCGACUGAAGCUCUGUUCGCGGGAUAAGCCCAACUGCUACACGCUCUGCAAGAAGAGCAAGCGCGGCAAAGGCAGCAAGAAGCGGCCGGCGGUGGCGGCUGGCGACGGCCGGCGUUUUGGCGCCGGCGGCCCCGCUGGGCACGAGCCGUCGCAUGGCGGCGAGAGGCGCUACGCGUGCAACGUGUGCAAGAAGGCCUUCGUGCGCCUGUCCAACCUGAAGCAGCACCAGCAAACGCACGCCUCAGGCAAGCUGUACGAGUGCCAGCACUGCGGCAAGACGUUUGUGCACUCGUCCAGCUUCUCACGCCACAAGAAGGUGCACGCAGGCCCGAAGGCCGACCCCAGGCAGCGCAAGCGGGGCAGAGUGAUCGACGAGAGCGCCCCGCUCGAGUCUGAGUCUGAGUGAGAGACUCCCAAGUUUCGGGACUGUCCUUGGACAGCUGAUAUCUCCCCCUUCUUCCUCAGUUCUGUUCUCCCCACCUCUCCUUGUUUUGUUAAAUAAAGGACAGAUACAUUUGGCAUUGCUCUCAUAGUGAAGUGGGUGUGAUGUCACUGGCUGUGUGUCGUCAGCAAUAGGCUUCAAUAUUACUAUUAUUAUUAUUAUUAUUAUUUUUUUUUUUUUUUCUCUCUUUUUUUUUUGGCAGGGUUGUUCUUGUUGGAGGCCAUUUUGGCAGUGUAAAGUAAAAUAAUUGUAUAUUUUUGUUGACAUUCCCUUUUUUUGGAUAACAGUUCGGGAUAAUUGAUUUGAUGGCAGAGUAAUAAUAAUUUUGCCGGUUUAGAAGUGUUAUUUAUGUCUGCCUUUUAUUUGUAGUCAUUCAUGACAAAAGAUUUGGUGGUGCAGGUGUUACAUAUUUUGGGUCCUUGCACUAAAUACACCUGGCACUUGGGUGGACAAAAUGAAGUACUUAUAUAAAUAUAUCUAAAAAAAAGACUGGGGUGAAAAGUCCAGAAUAAAAGUAGCAAAGAAUGGCUUCGACCCAGGCUUGAUUAGAGAGCAGCUAGCGGUUUGUGUGAUUAGCAGUGCUGCUCCCCUAAACAUGCUGAGUUAUGUGUGGCUUUGAUGCCUUGUGUUCCUACACACAGAAUAUUCAGAACUUUCUUGUUUUUGACCUGAGAUCCUGGGGUACUCUCUCCUAUUUCAACUUAAACCAACAGAUACAGCUGAUUGAUUUCUUUAUUUCUACCUUUAGUUUUGGCAACUGAUUUUAUAUAAAAAAAAAAUUACCAAAAACAAACAAAAAACCCCAGAAAAAAAACAUGAUUACAUAUUCUCCAACAUACAGAGUGACUUGUAUUUGUUGGUUCAAGUUUAAGUGUUGGUUGAAAUUUAUUGCGUGUUCUGACCUGCCAAGUAGAAUAGCUUCCUUUGGAGAUUUUUUUCUUCUCUUCCAAUAUCUCCAAAAUUAACAGAUCGGAUUGUGAGUCAGUUUGUGUGCUUUGCACAGAUCUUGGUUCUUUAGUAAUGUUCUUCCUUCGUCUGUUAAUUAAAGAGCAAAAUAUUUGAAAGGAUACUUGUCAGUUUGUCAAAAUAUGAAAUCCAUAUAGGUUAUACAGAAUUGCAAAUUGCGGAUCAGACAUCAACAUGUUUGACAUCGAAUGCAUUUAAAAACCGUGACGUCCUAACAAUUAGUUUGUGUGUGUGUGUGCAUGAUGAAUGUAUUGAAAUAAUAUACUCAUGAAAAUAUAUACAUUUUUAAUUACUGUAUAUGUGUAAAAAUGGAAACAAAUGUUGCAGUAAGGAAAAAAGUAUAGCUGGUAUGAAUGAUUUGACAUGAUUUAUGGAUUAGCCAACGGAUUUCAUAUUUCAACAAGCAUUGCACUAUCUUACUUAUAGAAAAAAUAGCACUACAUACAUGUGAAUUUGGAGUUCAAUAUUAAGGGUGACAAAAAGGGGACCCUGUGGGGUUGAAAUGUAAUCCUGGUGAAUUUUUCACCAUCCCAAUACUAUUUUCCCAUCUGUUCCAAAUAUUUGAGGCACAAAAAUAUUUAGCUUUUCAUCUUCGCAAAGUUCCGAGAUGCCCUCCAUGGUUUUGAGUGUCACCAAAGCUUGUACACAAGCGCCAGUGCACACACGUUUGACCGUUUCUGCAAUUUGACACUCCACAUAGUGUUCUACAUGUCCUGUUCAAUGUUGAUAACCACCCAACCUACUUAACUGUCUCCUGAGCUAAUUGAGAAUGAAUAGCAACUAUUCCUCUGUUUUAAAGCCGUUGGGUGAGUGAAAGAAAGGUGCUGAGCUGGCUGAACCAAGCACAGAUGAGGCUUCACUAUUACACUCAGAACAAUGUUUGCUUAAAAAAAAAAAGUCAAAAACAAACAAACAAAUGCUUGGUACUAAUAUAUUUUCGAUUUGUUUGUUUCGUCCCUUUGUUCUCAGUGAAAUUCUUUUUUUUUUUUUUUUGCUUUUCCUUUAGUUUCUAGUUCCUUUAGUGUAAUGAUUCUUUUACACAUGAUUUUUUGGGUUGUUAUUCUUUGACCCCGUGCUUCUCCUGUGGGGAAAAAGCUUUCCUUUGUCUCCCGCAGUACUUAACUAAUGGGGAUUCUUGUCCAUCUCGUUACCUUUGGUUUUCAGCCACUGUAGUUGGUUCCUUGUUCAUACAGUGGACCUACAUCCAAUAUAGAGUUGUAUGUUUUUGUAUUGUGUUUGCCAUUAGAUUACAGUUUAUGAAUUUACUGUCUUGCAUUUUUGUAAUAAAUCAAUGGUUCGA